AUGAAAGAAGUGGUAAAAAAGGAAAUCAUCAAAUGGCCGGAUGCUGGAAUUAUCUACCCCAUCUCAAAUAGCAUAUGGGUCAGCCUAGUGCAGUGUCAGACAGAGGUAUCAAAUAGGGAAAUCAAUAUAUUUUUAGAGAAAGUGGUUAAUCUGACAAGAAAAGAUUGGGCUAAAAGACUCGAUGAUGUGUUAUGGGCGUAUCGCACCGCAUACAGAACUCCCAUAGAGAUGUCCCCAUACGUUCUCGUCUUUGGCAAAGCAUGCCACUUACCGUUAGAUCUUGAACAUAGAUCAUUUUGGGCUACAAAAAAGCUCAAUUUUGUCUUGAAGACUACGAGAGACACGAGGAAGCUGCAAUCAUUGGAAUUGGAUGAUUGGAGACUGCAAGCAUAUGAGAACGCCAAAAUAUACAAGGAGCGAACAAAGCAUUGCCAUGAUUAA